CUUCUCGUCUUCCUCCCGCAUCUGCAGCGAGCGAUAACAAGUUUAGACGUCCCUGGUGACGCCGGUCUCCUCUUCCCGCCCAGUGCACAAAAGCCCUCAUCUCAGUGACCCACCAAAGCCUUAGCCCAUGUAAAAUCCCGGAAAGGGGGGAGGAGACUAGGAAGAAGUGGAGGGAGGCGUACAGCACAGCUGCAGCUAACAGGUUAAAGGAAGAGCACAGCAAGCUUCUGCUUUCCCACCACUUUCUUUCCAUUUCUUGUCGCUGGAUCUUCAGGGAAAACAGCCACUGAGUCCUGCUGGUUUCUAUUACACCCACCCCUCCCCUUUUUUUCUCUUCUUCCCUUUAUCCUUUCAGUUUCCCAUAGAAACCGUGCGGGAAGUGUGACCUUAUUUUUCUUCCUCCGCCCAGAAAAGCUCUGCACCAUGUCUGCUCCUGUUUACCCAGGCGCUCCAAACCAGCCACCCUAUCCCAUGUCUCAACCCGGCGGAGCACCGUAUCCAGUUCCUCCUGGAUAUGGAGAUCCCAGUCAAGCCCCUGCACCGGGCUUCAACAUGGGCUAUUCAGGACAACCUGCGGUCAUGUACCAGCCAGCACCCAUAGGGCCAGCUCCAGGCCCUGAAUACGGUGGCCCACCAGGGGGGAUUUCACCAGCUCCUGGAGGUCCAGCAGUCCCCGUUGGUGUCCCACCUGGACUUGAGUACCUCACACAGAUUGACCAGAUCCUGAUCCAUCAGAAAGUCGAACUCCUGGAAGCAUUCAUCGGUUUUGAGACAAACAACCAGUAUGAAAUCAAAAACAGUCUGGGUCAAAAGAUCUACAAGGCCAAAGAGAAGAAUGACUGCUGCACCAGGAACUGUUGCGGCUCUCUGCGCAGCUUCGACAUGAAAAUAAAGGACAACAUGGACAGGGAGGUUAUCCGUCUCAUCAGGCCUUUCCGCUGCGUCUCCUGCUGGUGUCCCUGCUGCUUGCAAGAGAUGGAGGUCCAGGCUCCACCUGGGACCACCAUAGGGUACGUCAAACAGGACUGGCACCCUUUCCUGCCAAAGUUUUCCAUCCAGGGAGCAAACAAGGAGACACUCAUGAGACUGGAGGGGCCCUGCUUUGCCUGCAACUGCUGUGGAGAUGUCAACUUUGAGCUGAAGGGGAAAGAUGGUGGCACACCCAUUGGUCGCAUCAGCAAGCAGUGGAGCGGCCUUUUGAAGGAAGUCUUCACUGACACAGAUAAUUUUGGCAUCCAGUUCCCGCUGGACUUGGACGUGAAGAUGAAAGCUGUGCUAAUGGGCGCCUGCUUCCUCAUCGAUUUCAUGUUCUUUGAGAAAGUCGGAGAGGCCAACCAGCGCAGCAGUGUGUUUUCAUAACAGAGGAAAGAGGAACCGUGGGGGGGCGGCCUAUGAUGAAGGUGUUUUCCUGUUAUGUAACAUUUGUAAUUGUUUUGUUCAUUUGUUACCAGUCCCAUAAUCCAUUUAUAUACACAUACAACUCAUUGUGAGUGAAUAAACUCUUGAUUAGAUUUAAAACUUCGAAUCUCUCCAAAGUCAAAGACUGAAAUUUUCAGUGUUUCUGUACAUUCUGUAGAUGUUUCACCUCUUUUUAAGCACAUCACUGUAUUCAUAGCAAGCAAUUUACGCUACCAAAUUUAAACUUGGAAACAGGUGUGGACACGCAUCCUUUUGAAUGUGUUUUGCUGCACUUGUGUUCACAUUUCAUUUCUUUCUUCUUUUUUGUCACCAUCAGUUUGUCUUUUAUUGUUAGUAAUUUUAUGUGCUUGCUCGAGCUUUAUAAAGAUAUAACAGUAUAUCUAGUAGAAGUACAAUACUGUUUUGUAGAAGAUGUAUUCAUUGCUUUGCCUUCAUUUAUCCAGUUAAAUGGUGGCAGAGUCGAUCUGUCAGUCCAUUGCUUUGGUAUGGUGAUCAUCAUAAUCUGUGUACAGAUAUUUUUUUUUAAUUUAAAAGUUGGCUUUUGUUUAUUACUUUGGUGUAUGCUCUACCAAACCUAUUACAUUCCUUUGAGCCUCCGCUGUAGGCUGUAUUUAGUGUUAAUCAGCAAGUGUUGGCAUGCAAAACACACUAAGAUAUGAUGCUUGACAUGGUAAGCCUCAAACCUGCCUUGGCUUCAUUAUAUCAAUGUCACUGUGAAUAUCUUAGCACAGGGGUGUCAAACUCAAAUACACAGUGGGCCAAAAUUCAAAACUGGAACAAAGUCGCAGGCUAACAUUAAUAU